CGACCCUUGCUCCGACGGUGUGGGCCAGGAUGGGGCAGCAGUUCAGCUGGGAGGAGACGGAGGCGGCUGGGGAGAUGGACGUGGCGGAGCUGCAGGAAUGGUACAAGAAGUUUGUGGUGGAGUGUCCCAGCGGCACCCUCUUCAUGCACGAGUUCAAGCGCUUCUUCAAGGUCACGGGCAAUGAGGAGGCCACUCAGUAUGUGGAGGGCAUGUUCCGAGCCUUCGACAAGAAUGGGGACAAUACCAUUGACUUCCUGGAGUACGUGGCGGCCUUGAACCUUGUGCUGAGGGGCACCCUGGAGCACAAGCUGAAGUGGACCUUCAAGAUCUAUGACAAAGACCGCAAUGGCUGCAUCGACCGCCUGGAACUCCUGGACAUCGUGGAGGCCAUCUACAAGCUGAAGAAAGCCUGCCGGGUGGAGAUGGACAUGGAGCAGCAGGGCCAGCUGCUCACGCCUGAGGAGGUGGUGGACAGGAUCUUCUUGCUGGUGGAUGAGAAUGGAGAUGGCCAGCUCUCCCUGAAUGAGUUCAUCGAAGGCGCCCGCCGUGACAAGUGGGUGAUGAAGAUGCUGCAGAUGGACGUGAACCCCGGCGGCUGGAUCACCCAGCAGAGAAGAAAAAGUGCCAUGUUUUGAGCAGUCCGCAGGCUGGGAGACUGGCAGAGCCCAGCGGAAGUCCACAGCCCUCCUGAGGGUCCAGACUCCCCCCGGGUCUCCCAGCUCUGAGCGGGGCCUGGCACAGGCUCCUCAGGCCACUCACGCUGGUAUGGACGGGGUGGACGGGCACCUCCUGUGCAGGGGUGAGUGGGGACCAGCAAUGACUUCUG